AUGACAAUAAUAAUUAAAUCAACAGUACAACAAUUAUUAAAAGAAAUAACCAAUAGAAGGAUAAUUCGUAAAGAAAUUAAACAAAUAUUAAAUUACACGGAAUAUUCAAGAUGGGAUUUAGGAGUAUUUUUUGUAGGAGAUGAAAUUAAAGAAUUAAAUUUACGUUAUAGAAAUAUUAAUAAAGUAACUGAUAUAUUAAGUUUUCCAUUUCAUCAGGCGAUUAAACCAGGUAAAUUACCAACUCCAUUAACAUCUGAACAUAAAAAUCUUGGAGAUAUGAUAAUAUCUUUACCAUAUAUUAUAAAAUGGUGUAAAGAACAUGAUGAAAAUGUUAAAAAGAGAUUACCCGUUUUAUAUACACAUGGAAUUUGCCAUUUAAUUGGAUAUGAUCAUGAGGAUGACGAAGGAUAUGAAAUGAUGAAUAAAAAAGAACAAGAAAUUUUGAAAAAAUUUUGGGAUUGGAAAAAAAGAUGUGAUGGUAGUGAAAACGAGAGUGAAAGUGAAAGCGAAAGCGAUGACGAAAAUGAAAGAGAUUGA